AUGUCCACUCAAUCUGAGAACACUCCACUACGUGGUCUCGUGCUCAGCACCAUGUCCGGCUUCAACAACCGCGAGAUUCCAAUGUCUCAACAAGAAGGCGCAUCAUACACUCGCACACAAGAAUACUUCUCAACAACACCAAGGUAUCCAGCAGCACUGCGCGCAAACUCAACAAUAAACUUCUUCAACCACAAAGACGACGGCAACGACAGCGACACCGUCAUCGUCGACAAAAAGCUAUUUGAACCAUCGCUCCACGCCUUCGCAGAAGGAGACUUCAUUCCACCAGCCUUCUUUAAGAAAGCCCAUCUAGACGGCUUCACCCGCCGCUUCAAAUAUUCUCAAUGGGCCUACGAAAUGCGCCGUGAAGCCCAGCUCAUAUUACCAUUUCUCGCAUUGGGCCCCUCAUCAUGUCUUCGUGAUAGGGAAUACCUCCGAACUCAAGGAUUCACACUUCUGCUCGGAGUCAGGAAUACGCUUUCUGCGCACGCACGUCUGGUUUCUGGUGAGAUGGCCGCUGCCGAAUUGGGCAUUCAAGCAGAUACCAUUGACGUAAUGGAUAAUCAAGAGCUUAUUUCGGCGUUUCCACGCGCGAUAAGACGGAUUAAUAAUCAUCUUGCUGGAUGUGAUGUUUCGAAUGGCUUUAUGAAUAUGAAUAUGAACACAGGAGACAUGAUAAUAAGCGACAAUCAGAAUCAAAACCAGAGCGAAAAGAAAAAGAUCCUCGUCUUUUGUGAAACGGGUAAUGAGCGAUCAGCCGGUGUGAUAAUUGCUUAUAUCAUGGCAAUGUUGAAUCAAGAUGCUAUGAGCGCAACGCGAAUGAUCCAACAACACCGAUUCUGCGUCUCAAUUGAAGAGCCUCUCAAGCGAAUUCUCAAUGCAUUCGAGUCUAUUCUUGCUGCAAAGCGAGAUGUAGAAAAGGCAAGACGCAUGGCUGUUUCAUCUAGUGCGCCUAGUUUAGCGCCGCCACCUGUUCCGGCUGUUUUGUUGGCGAAGAAGCGCAGUUUUCAGGUUCGGCAGGAGGAGGAUGCGGCGAUGGAUGGGGGGAUGGAUAUGGAUAUGGAUGAUGAUUCGAUGGUUGAUCGGAAACCUAUUGCGCCGUUUCAAGAUCGAGUGGUUUAG